AUGGAGGAAGCCGACCUGCCAAAGCUCCCCUACCUCCAGUGCAUCCUCAGAGAGACCCUCCGUCUGCACCCAACUGCUCCGCUCCUCGCGCCUCACGAGUCCUCCGCCGACUGCACUGUCGCCGGCUACGACAUCCCGGCGGGGACAAUGCUUCUCAUCAACGUGCACACGAUGCACAGGGACGCGGGCAUGUGGGAGGAGCCGACGAGGUUUAUGCCGGAGAGGUUCGAAGGUGGAAAGGGCGAGGGGCAAUGGAUGCUGCCAUUCAGCAUGGGCCGGAGACGGUGCCCGGGCGAGGCGCUCAGCAUGAAGGUGGUCGGCCUCACGCUGGGCACUCUGGUGCAAUGCUUCGAGUGGGGCAGGGUAAGCGAGGAGGAGAUUGACAUGGCUGAAGGAUCAGGACUGACCAUGCACAUGGCCAUCCCGUUGGAGGCUUCGUACUGGCCUCGUGAAGAAAUGGCAUCGGUGCUAAGGGCACUUUAG